AUGAAUUUUAACGAUAUCCCCGGUCCCAAGAGCUAUCCUAUUCUCGGAACAUUAUACAAAUAUUGGCCAUUGGUUGGAGAAUAUAAUGCUGAAGCACUAGAUAAGAAUGCGUGGUUAAAUUGGCGUCGUUACGGAGGCCUUGUGAGGGAAGUUCCCGGUGUGAAGUUACUCCACAUUUUCGAACCAGAUGUGAUUGAAGCAGUGUUUCGACAAAAUGAUCGAUACCCAGCUAGACGGAGCCACGUCGCAAUGCUCCAUUAUCGCUUGAAUAAGCCGAGCGUGUACAACACCGGUGGAUUGCUUUCCACCAAUGGGCCAAACUGGUGGCGGCUGCGAAGUACAUUUCAAAAAAAUUUUACGGGCUCACAAAACGCCAAGCAAUAUGUGGAUGUUACGGACGCGGUGGUAAUUGAGUUUGUGAAGUGGAUUAAGGAUCGCAAGGUGUCUCAAGACGAAGAUUUUUUAAUAUAUCUUAACAGGCUUAAUCUCGAAGUGAUUGGGGCGGUUGCGUUUAACGAAAAGUUCAAUAGUUUUACAUACCAAGAGCAAGCAUCGGAUUCGCGUAGCAGCAAAGUGAUUGCGGCUGCAUUCGGUUCAAACAGCGGUAUAAUGAAACUUGACAAGGGAAUUAUGUGGAAGAUUUUCAAAACUCCGCUCUACACAAGACUUGUUGAAUCACAAAAUUAUUUGGAAAAAAUCGCUAUGGACAUUUUGUUAAACAAAAUAAGCUUUUUUGAAACAGAAAGCGAAGAUAAAUCUAACUCACUAUUAGAUUCCUUUCUACAGCAACCCAACUUGGAUGUCAAAGAUAUUAUUGGAAUGAUGGUUGAUAUUUUGAUGGCGUCUAUUGACACGACCGCGUACGCCACCAGUUUUUUAUUGUACCAUCUUGCGCGCAAUCCUGCGUGUCAACAGAAGUUAUACAAAGAAGUUGUUGAUCUUCUGCCUACAAAAGAUUCCUUGUUAACAUCAGAGACAUUGUCGAAGGCAGUUUACGUUCGUAAUUGUGUCAAAGAAAGUCUACGGCUCAAUCCAGUUUCAAUUGGCGUUGGUCGUUUGUUACAAAAGGACAUAAUACUGAAGGGGUACCUGAUUCCUGAGGGGACAGUUAUUGUUACGCAAAACAUGGUGGCUUCCCGCUUACCUCAAUACGUGCGGGAGCCAAUGGUCUUCAAGCCAGAGCGAUGGAUGAGGGGGUCUGCCGAAUAUGAGAGCAUACAUCCCUUCCUAAGCCUUCCAUUUGGUUUUGGCCCUCGGUCGUGUAUUGCCCGGAGACUGGCUGAACAAAAUAUGUGCAUCACGAUUAUGAGAUUGGUGCAAGAAUUUAAAAUUAUGUGGGCGGGCGGGGAGCUGGGCAUAAGAACUUUACUCAUUAACAAGCCGGAUAAGCCCAUAUCAUUAUCGUUUGUACCAAGAUGUGGGAAA